UCUUCUGUUUCUGUAAACUCUAUUCUGAGCUCAUAUUCACCCACCUCAAUACUUCAAACAUAUCGAAUUACCCAACUUGAAAGCGCCAUGAGUGCUGUCUAUAGCCCUGCUCUCAGAUACUCGGGAAACUACUUAGAAGUGGAUUCUAGAAGCAUCCAUAUACAGCAGCAGCAGCAGCAACGUUGUUAUCAUCAUAAUCAGCAGCAGCAGCAAAUUUCUGGGCUAUUAAGGUACCGUUCUGCUCCAAGCUCACUGCUGGCAAACCUGGUGGAAAGAGGAGGAGGUUGCAGAGGUUUGGAUCAACGGCAACAACAUGAGAGAAGAGGUGAUGUUCCAUCCUUUAAUGCAGAAAUGGAAGGAAUGUUAGAUUCUGGUUCCGACAGUGGAUGGAGCAAUGCGAAGCAUGAAGGAGGAGGAGGAGGAGGAGGAGGUUCUGUUUUCUGUAAUGAGGCUGAUCAGCUGAUUCACAAUUCUCAUGAGAGAUUCCAAGAAUUUGCAGUGAGUGGGUCAUGUUCAAGUGUGAUGAUGAAUAAUGUUAUGGGUUUUCAGAACUCCGCUCAAUCCAAAAUGGCUUCUGUGAAUUGUUCCAACAAUCUUCUCAUCAGGCAGAAGACCUCACCUCCUGGGUUUUUCUCCAGUUUCUCAUUCACAAAUGCACUGGGAGAACAAGCUGCGACAUCCACUAGUGGGUUGAAUGGUGCCCUUACCUUCUCAUCUGAGCCAUCUUCCUCUUGCCCAAGAAGGAUGCCACAGAUUGCAGAAAAUGGAAAUGAAACCCUAGAACUCCAAGAAGAACAAGAAGAAGAUGAAGCAAGAACCUGUGUUGAAACUAGAAACCUGAGAAAUGAUAAUGGAAGCCAGCAAAAAAGUUAUGUGCCCAGUUUUACAAGUGACUUGUGGGAAGGUUCUUCAUUCACAGCUCAUAAAACAGCCAGUGACAGUAAUGAAUUCUUGUUUUCUACUUCAGAUGCCUUGGAAACUCAGAAAAGAGAUCAAUUUGGAUAUCAGAAUGUUGGCUUAACUCAUCAAAUGAGUCUGCCUAGUUCAUCAACUAAGACAGGUGGCAUAGAGAGGAUUUUGCAUAUUCAAGGAUCUGUUCCUUGUAAAAUUAGGGCCAAAAGAGGGUUUGCUACUCAUCCAAGAAGCAUUGCAGAGAGGUUAAGAAGAACAAGGAUUAGUGAAAGAAUAAAGAAGCUGCAAGAGCUUUUCCCAAAAAUCGACAAGCAAACAAACACAGCAGAUAUGUUGGAUUUGGCGGUUGAUUAUAUUAAAGACCUGCAAAAACAAGUCAAGAUACUAACAGAUACAAGGGCAAAAUGCAGAUGCUCAAGUGUUCAAAAGCAAUAUUGAUCAUGAAAAUUGAAGCGGGUCCUUGAAAGUUAGGGUUUUACAAAGCUUUUCGUAGUAGUUAUUUUUAACCGUUGGGUUUGUAAGAUAGUUCAGAUCAUGUCACCUAACCAAGGUUAUAUAAAUAGAGCGCGUGACAGAUUACAUUUUCACCCAACAAAAAGUCCAACGACCAAAAGUCAGUACUUCAAAUAUUUUGUAUUUCACGCGUCUAGCUUCCUGACCAUCAUGAUCUUUGAAAAAGGAACGAGGAAAUUAAUGUUUCCUAGUUGGUUUCUCUGUCUUUUCGAUAUUUAUUAGAAGAAAAUUUCUAA